UUCCUUCGCCAAAAGUAUAAAAUGACACGGACCCUGUAAUUGAAUUCAAGGAUCAGGUUCAUCUACCAACAGUCUGGGUCAACUCGAUCCGUUGCGAUCUCUGGGAAACGUGAGACUUGAGCGCUGGUGACGGACUUUCGCAUACAGAUCUCCAAGGUCUGUCGAAGGUGCGCGUAGAUGAGACUUUCGUGUCCCUACAUGUGAAUAGGUCUUUCGUUGGGUCAAGGUGUUACGAGGUGCCCAUCAGCGGGAUAACGCUUAAGAUGUAUGUGUUUUAUGAAGACAAGAAGCUACGAGGAUUACUCGCAUUAGUUAGUCGGGCUUGGUCAUGCUGGAUAUGUUUUCAGUUCCAGCCGUUGCACUGAGCACAUGGUGCGACGCUUUAGUGAGAUAAGGUGGCCGUGAAAAGUGACGAGCAGCGAUUGCAUCUAAAGUGAUCGUGGAAUGAUAGCAAAAUUUUGUUAACCCAACUUGAAGCAGGCAUUUAUAUGCACUCGUAGACACUUCGCAGGCACAGCCACAAACUCAGAAGCUGAAGAGAUGGCGUCCGCAGCCGCAAAUGAUGACUUCUUCCUGAAGGACCCACGAGAACUUUUCAUGCUCUUCUCGGGUGGAGAGAUCACGUUGGAGAAGCCGAAGCCAGACCCUGUUCCAGAGCCCGUGAAGGAUACGGUCAACUUGUCAGUGAAAUCCUCCUCGCCAGGCCAGACGGUGUUAACGAACCAUCCCUCAUUGCUAGAUAACGUCAAGCUUUUCGGUAACAAUCUGUUUGGAGGCAAACAGGGGUCUAAAGACCCGAAUCUUAUGUGUAUCAAAACUUCGGUGACACUAGUGAGGUCAAAUUUUCGAGGCCUUGAUGUCGGAAACGUUUUCUCCGACAUCCUUGAAUUGGGACAGGAGCUUAUUGGAAAUCAAGUCACCUUGCAACUCGUCAGCAAUGAUGUGGAUCCUGCAACUGGCUCAGGAAAGUUAAGUGGAAAAGUGACCUUCGAACACUGGACAAAACCCAGAAACCUAUUAAGAUCAACCCCAUUUGAAUUCAACAUGGACUUUUACGUGCCGAAGAAUUUCGGCACCCCUGGGGCGAUCCUUGUAUUUAACGGGCACAAUAACCUCGACGUUCCAAUCCUGAGCACGAUAACUACCGAGUUCAAGAUAACGGAUGCGCAUGUUGUAAUGCCCGACAAGAACGUCAUCGGCUUCUUCUGCAAUUCGUGGGUAUUCGCGUCCGAUAUGGACAAGGACGGCCGACUUUUCUUCGCCAAUAAGUUGUACACGCCCGCUAGCACUCCCGCCGGUUUGAAGAAGCUGAGGGCGAAUGAGCUGAAAGAAAUUCAGGGUGAUGGAACGGGAGAGAGGAAAGAGUGGGACAGAAUUUAUGACUACGAUGUUUACAACGACUUGGGAAAGCCGGAUGAUCCUCGACCAACUCUAGGAGGGUCGAAGGAGUAUCCAUACCCCCGUCGGUGCCGCACAGGAAGGAAACUGAACCCAGAUGGGAAGACAGAGACCCGACUGGCGGGUAGUUUGGCAAACAAUUACAUUCCGAGAGACGAGCAAUUCGACGAGGUGAAGAAAUCAGGGUUUCUCGGCAACAGUCUGAAGGGAAAGAAACACCAGAAUGUUGCAAGCUUGUUCGUCCAUGAACAGGAUUUCGAGAGCUUUGAUCAUGUGAGAGAGUUGUACGUACCGGUUGGGGAAGAGUCCUCGGUUGAGGAGGUCAUUAACAACCAGCAGCAGCCGUUUGAACUCAUUCGUCAAUUUGUGAAAGCCUCCGGCGAUAACAAGAACGCGUUCAAGUAUCCGAUGCCAAGACUUAUUGCUGUUAAUAAAGAUGCCUGGACCCAAGACACAGAGUUCGCUCGUCAGGUGUUGGCCGGCAUGAAUCCCUUGCUUAUUGAGACUCUCAAGGAAUUCCCACUCAAGAGACCAUCGGCCGUUACUGCCGAAAUCGUAGAGCCUCAGCUUGAAGGCCUUACCAUAGGGGAGGCCUUGGCGAAAAAAAGAUUGUUUGUGUUGGAUUACCAUGACAGGCUUCUCGGCUAUAUUCAACGCAUUAACGAUCUGAAAACUAGUCAAGCCUACGCAUCCUGGACCCUUUUCUACCUCACCAAGGACGGCACCUUGAAACCCAUUUGCAUCGAGUUAGCUCUUCCAGGAAAGGAUGGAGGCAAACCGACUUUCCGAGUGUUCCUCCCUAGCAGGGAGAAGGACACCAAAGACUGGGCUUGGGAGCUCGCAAAAGCGCACGUUCUGAGCAACGAUGCUGCAUUCCACCAAGUCAUUAGUCACUGGUUGCGGACGCACGCAGCGAUUGAGCCUUUCAUCAUCGCAACCAACAGGCAGUUGAGUAUCAUGCAUCCGGUGCACAAAGCUCUCGUCUCCCACUAUAAGAACACCAUGGACAUCAACCAGGCUGCGCGCAAGUCCCUAAUCAAUGCAGGAGGAAUUGUUGAGACAACAUUCACGCCUCAGAAAUACUCUAUGGAAAUCUCAUCGAAAGUCUACGCAGGGUGGCGUUUUAUCGACCAGGCUCUACCAAAUGACUUGCUCAAAAGGGGUAUGGCAGUACGAGAUCCAAGCGCUCCUCAUGGACUGAAGCUGGUGAUAGAGGACUACCCAUACGCAAAGGACGGUCUUGAUCUCUGGGCAGCAAUCCGCGCGUGGGUGAAGGACCACAUCGACAUCUUCUACGCCGACGACAAGGCGGUGAAAGCAGACGAGGAGCUUCAAAAUUGGUGGACCGAUGCGCGAACCAAGGGUCAUGCCGACAUCACCGAAGGCUGGAUCCUGGCAGACUCCAAGGACAACUUGGUGCAGAUCAUCACCACCAUCGCCUGGGUGGCGUCGUGCCACCAUGCUGCCGUGAACUUCGGCCAGUACCUGUACGCGGGCUUCAUGCCCAACCACCCAUCCAUGACGCGCAAGCUCAUCCCGGAGGAAGGUACCCCAGAGUGGGACGCCUUGCAACUCAACCCGGAGAAGUAUAUGCUGUCCAUGCUUGCCAAUGCGGUGCAAUCAAAGCUGAACAUAACCACCAUCGAGAUCCUAUCGACGCAUGCGUCUAACGAAGAGUAUCUCGGCGAGCGUCCCGCCGGCUGGACCGAUGACGAGAGGGUGAAGGCUGCGUUCAAGAAAUUCAGCACCCGAAUCGAAGAGAUCAGUGCCCUCAUCAAGUCCCGAAACAAAGACCCUGCCAACAAGAAUCGGCUCGGCGCCGUUAAAGUUCCUUACGAGCUUCUGCAGCCAAAAUCAGGCCCGGGGCUCACUAAUAAGGGGAUUCCCAACAGCGUGUCGAUCUAGGCAGACAGUUUCCGACACCUGCUGAUGCCUCGAUCCGUCGCGGUGCUUCACUACCGACACACUGACACCUGGGGUUGGUGACAAGCUUCGACGUCGCCGACCUCCCCUUGGGAGAUGCUUUCUUCGCACAUCCCCCUCAUUGUACAUAUCGCGAUUUAUUUCCCCACCUUGUAACUGAACCCUGAAUAAAGGUGGACUUUUUUCUGUCUUUAAAAUUUCGAAGAUGGAAGUGGAUCUUCA